AGAAGACAUGCUUGUGCAACGUUACAGGGAGGCUGCUUGUUCUGAGAUGUUGUUCAGAAUGAGGAAACACUUCAGGUGAGGAAGUCCACUGACUUUGCAACAACACAAGAAGAUAUCAAGAACAACCUGGAUUAAUUUCUUUUAAAUUGCUUCAGUUAUGAGUAAUUGUCAAAAUCAGAGUUAUCAUCUCCAUGGAUUUAUUAUUUCAAAGCAUCUUCUCAACCAGAGGAACCACAUCAGGCCCACAGCUAAGCGGUGAUGCUGGCCAUGCAACAUUACAACUCCUCAGGCGUUAUUGCCCCCUUUCCCCUCUCUAACCACAACCCCACGGUGCAGGAGCCUGAGGUGGAGACUGUAGCACAUAAUGUCACCCAUCCACCAAACAAUCCCACAGCCGCCGGCCUUACCAUGACUCUGGGCAUCCUGUUCAACGUGGUGGCCCUCGCCAUUCUCGCCAAGGCUUACAAUCGCUUCCGGCGGAGGUCAAAGGCCACUUUUCUGCUCUUUGCCAGCUCCCUGGUGGCGACAGAUCUGGCUGGACAUGUUAUCCCUGGAGCUCUCGUACUGAGGAGGUACUCAGUGCACACUGGGUCCACAGCUGAUUCUGUCUCCAGCUUUCGAGGUGACCCGGCAAAUCCGGACGCGUCUUGUCUGUUUCUGGGAGGUUGCAUGGUGUUCUUUGGCCUAUGCCCUCUCUUCCUGGGCUGUGCGAUGGCUGCUGAGCGCUGCCUGGGCGUCACCAGGCCUUUGCUACACGCUCGUCUGGUGACCACAGCACGGACAAAGAUGGCACUGGCCCUGAUCUGGCUGCUGGCUUUAUCUGUGGCCCUUCUACCUUACUUCAGACUGGGUGCCUACACCUACCAGUACCCGGGGACGUGGUGCUUCAUCAGGGUGACGGAGGAAACUCAAGUGACAGAUCUGGCCUUUGUGAUGUUGUUCUCCGGACUGGCGUUGAGCUCUCUGGCCUCGGCCUUUGUGUGCAACACCAUCAGUGGGAUCACACUGGUGAGAGCCCGGCUAAAGAAAAGGUCCUGCUCCCAGCGCAGCUCAGCAGGGUCCCAGGACACGGAGAUGGUGGUCCAGCUGGUUGGCAUCAUGGUUACUUCCUGCAUCUGCUGGAGCCCUCUCCUGGUUUUUGGCCUGAUGUCAGCCACACAGUCCUACAGUGGCUUCAUGGACAGUGAUAGAGACACUUAUAAGCGGCUGAUGGUGACGGGUGUCAGGAUGGCAACCUGUAACCAGAUCCUUGACCCAUGGGUCUACAUCCUGCUGCGACGCGCUGUCCUCAGAAAAAUCUACCGCAUCACCAAAAGAAGCGCCAGUUUCAGGCGCAGCAAAUUUCGCUCUGUUCGCUGGGAUGUCAGCUCCUUUCAGAACUCAGAAAAAAACAGUGUUAAUAACAUUUAAAUGGACUUACAGAGGAAGAAAGAGGAUCCGUCAUCGAUCACUUUUUAAUGGAUGAGCUGUUUCGUAUGGCCCAUAAACAGAACAUGUUUGCAUGGCAGCCUGUCCUCUACAAAAACAGACAAAGUAAAUAAAUAAAGAUUUUGUGGGUUGGAGUAGAAUGUGUUAACUUUUUGCUGAAGUGAAGACUGUAUGUAGUUUUAAAGCAGACAUCUCAACUCAAAGGUUUUCAUUCGUUAUGUUCUCUGACACAAUGUAAAGUCAAUGACUUGUAUAGAUGCUCACAUAAGAGCCAAAGAAAAUGCUGUGCUUUUACCUCAGCUUGAAGAUGUGAAAAACACCAUGUGUGUGUGUGUCCAAUGUUGUGCUGUGACAUGAAUGUGAAUGUGUUUCUGUUUCUAUCGUGUGUUUGUUAAUGUGUGUGAAGUAUUUUCCCCAAGUGUCUGGGGACUGAAGUGAAGCUAUGUGUUACAAAAGCUAAUUGAAUGUGAUAUUGUUAUCAAAAAGGAAUGUAAAUUUGGAUAAUAAAUGGUUACUUGUUA